GGAUGAUGAUGAUGAAGCAUUGAAAAGUGUGCAGGCUUGUGUCAGAUCCCGCCCUAUUGUUCCGCGGUGCGCGCAAGGUAAGCUGUGUGAUACCUGAGCAAAACCACACCUGACGUCCAGACACACCGUCGACUGACACUGACUGAGAGCAUGGCGUCCUUGGAGCUUGCACUUUUAAGUGUCUCAGACAAAAGCGGACUGCUGGACUUCGCCAAGAGGCUGAUAGAUGUUGGCUUGUCUCUGGUGGCCUCAGGUGGCACUGCCAAAGCCCUGCGCGAUGCGGGACUGGCUGUCAGGGAUGUGUCUGAGCUGACAGGACACCCAGAGAUGCUGGGAGGCAGAGUGAAGACCCUGCACCCUGCUGUCCACGGAGGCAUCCUGGCCAGGAAAACCCCCGCUGACACCGCAGACAUGGAGAAGCUGGGCUACAGCCUUGUCAGAGUGGUGGUGUGCAACCUCUACCCAUUUGUGAAGACUGUCUCUAACCCGAGUGUUAAAGUGGAGGAUGCUGUAGAACAGAUUGAUAUUGGUGGUGUAACUCUGCUGAGAGCAGCAGCUAAGAAUCAUGCUCGAGUCACUAUUGUGUGUGACCCUGCUGACUAUUCACUGGUUGCCAAGGAGAUGGAGAGUUCAGAAGAUAAAGACACGACUCUGGAAACUCGCCGGACUCUGGCCCUUAAGGCCUUCACACACACAGCACAGUAUGAUGAGGCCAUAUCGGACUACUUUCGUGGACAGUACAGCCGUGGCAUUUCCCAGCUGCCUCUGCGUUAUGGCAUGAACCCCCACCAAGCCCCCGCCCAGCUCUACACCCUACGCUCAGCCCUCCCACUCAAAGUGAUCAACGGCUCCCCUGGGUUCAUCAACCUGUGCGAUGCUCUGAACGCCUGGCAGCUGGUCAGAGAGUUAAAAAGUGCUCUCGGCAUGGCCGCUGCCACCUCCUUCAAACAUGUCAGCCCUGCUGGAGCUGCUGUUGGAGUUCCUCUGACUGAGGACGAAGCCAAAGUAUGCAUGGUGCAUGACAUGCUGAAGGAUCUUACCCCUUUGGCCACAGCCUACGCCAGGGCAAGAGGCUCAGAUAGAAUGUCUUCUUUUGGAGACUUCAUUGCUGUGUCAGAUGUGUGUGACGUUCCCACUGCCAAGAUUAUAUCACGAGAGGUGUCGGAUGGUAUCAUUGCUCCCGGUUAUGACGAGGAGGCACUGAAGAUCCUCUCCAAGAAGAAGAAUGGCAACUACUGUGUACUACAGAUGGACCCAGACUAUGAGCCUGACGAGGUGGAGGUGAGAGUGUUGUUUGGUCUCUAUCUCAAACAAAAGAGGAAUGGAGCACUUAUCAGUAAGGACUUCUUCAGCAAUGUUGUUUCCAAGGGCUCGCUCUCCGAGGAAGCUGUGCGUGACCUCACUGUGGCCACCAUCGCCGUAAAGUACACGCAGUCCAACUCUGUCUGCUACGUUAAAGAUGGACAGGUUAUUGGCAUUGGAGCAGGUCAGCAAUCCCGUAUUCACUGUACACGGCUGGCAGGCGACAAAGCUGAUAACUGGUGGCUGAGGCACCACCCUCGUGUCCUGAACAUGAAGUUUCGCAGUGGUGUGAAACGAGCGGAGAUGGCCAACGCGAUUGACCAGUAUGUCAGCAACACCAUUGGAGAGGGCCCAGACUUGGCAGUUUGGAAGGCCAUGUAUGAAGAGGUGCCUGAGCCUCUGUCAGAGACGGAGAAGAAGAACUGGAUCAGCUUGCUGCAGGCUGUGGCCGUCAGCUCGGACGCCUUCUUCCCCUUCAGAGAUAACAUAGAUCGUGCCAAACGGAGUGGUGUUCAGUACAUCGCAGCUCCGGGAGGCUCUGCUGCCGACGAGGUCGUUAUUAAUGCCUGUAACGAACAGGGCAUCACUCUGGUGCACACGAGCCUGCGGCUCUUCCACCACUGAGAACCUCGGCGUGUUUCCAGGUGCUGUUGAACUCAGCUCAGUUUUGUAUCCUUAGACAUCUUUGUCUAACAUUGCUGUCACUCAAAACAUUCCUACCCUCCAGUGUGCAGCUCAUAAAUGCAAUGUUUUGUAAUGCACUUGUGAGCUUAACAUUAGAGUGAUACUGUAACUGUUUAAUGUCCUUUGUUGGCCAGUGUGAAAUAAACUGUAAAUUACAGUUCC